UGUCACCAAUGUACUGAGUGACUUGGGCUGGUCACAUGGUCACCUCCCCUUGGAAUCUGUUUUUCCAUCUCUGCGGUGAAGUGGUGACUGACUGAUCAUUUACAAGGACAUCGCCUGCUCUGAAGCCGUGUCUCAGACGCUAGACUUCCAGGUGCCAUUGCAGAAGUCUGGCCGGGACCUGGGAAGCUGACAUGCCAAUGGCCCUGGAACCAGCUCUCCCUCAGCCGGACUCAUCUCUGCUUGAGACUUGGGAGUGACCCCUGCUUUCCCUGACGUGCCUGGGUUUGCACCUACUUCUCUCUCCCCCAUAUACUCACACCCAGAGGAUUUCUCUCCUAUGGCAUAUCCGGGCAGGGCACCAGGGUGCGGAAGGAGCUGAGGAGCCAGACCCAGAGGCAGCCAUGGGGACCUGUACUGUGGAGACUGAUGCCAACAUCUCCUCUGGCCUUGAGAGCAACACCACGGGCAUCACCACCUUCUCCAUGCCCGGCUGGCAGCUGGCACUGUGGGCUGCGGCCUACCUGGUCCUCGUGCUGGUGGCCGUGACGGGCAACGCCACGGUCAUCUGGAUCAUCCUGGCCCAUCAGAGGAUGCGCACGGUCACCAACUACUUCAUUGUCAACCUGGCCCUAGCCGACCUCUGCAUGGCCGCCUUCAACGCUGUCUUCAACUUCGUCUACGCCAGCCACAACAUCUGGUACUUCGGCCGCGCCUUCUGCUAUUUCCAGAACCUCUUCCCCGUCACGGUCAUGUUCGUCAGCAUCUACUCCAUGACCGCCAUCGCCGCAGACAGGUAUAUAGCCAUCGUCCACCCCUUCCAGCCACGGCUCUCAGCCCCUGGCACCAGAGCGGUUAUUGCUGGCAUCUGGCUGGUGGCCCUGGCCCUCGCCUUUCCCCAGUGUUUCUACUCCACCAUCAUCAUGGACCAGGGAGCCACCAAGUGCGUAGUGGCCUGGCCCGAAGACAACGGCGGCAAGGUGCUCCUUUGGUACCACCUCGCCGUGAUCGCCCUCAUCUACUUCCUGCCCCUCGCGGUGAUGUUCUUCGCCUACAGCGUCAUCGGCUUCACGCUGUGGAGACGCGGGGUGCCCGGGUACCAUGCUCACGGAGCCAACUCCCAGUACCUGCAGGCCAAGAAGAAGUUUGUGAAGACCAUGGUGGUGGUGGUGGUGACGUUUGCCAUCUGCUGGCUGCCCUACCACCUCUACUUCAUCCUGGGCAACUUCCAGGAGGACAUCUACUGCCACAAGUUCAUUCAGCAGGUCUACCUGGCGCUCUUCUGGCUGGCCAUGAGCUCCACCAUGUACAAUCCCAUCAUCUACUGCUGCCUCAACCGCAGGUUUCGCUCUGGAUUCCGGAUCGCUUUCCGUUGCUGCCCAUGGGUCACGCCAACCGAGGAGGAUAAGAUGGAGCUGAAUCACACGCCCUCUCUCUCCAGGAGGGUCAACAGGUGUCACACUAAAGAGACUUUAUUCAUUAGUGGGGAUGUGGCCCCAUCUGAGGCUACCAGUGGGCAGGCUGGGGGUCCCCCAGAUGGGGUGACUUCUGAAUCCUGAAGCCUUGUGCCUGGCUGCAGGGUGAGGCUGACACCCUCUGAGAAGCAGCAGGUCAAGAGACGAGAUGUGAAAAUCUGGCCCAUGCCUCACCCUUCAAUACGUGGAUGGAAAAACAAGACGGGUCUGGGAACUCUACAGCGGAUGCUGACUUUAAGGGGACCUAGCCUUCCCUCUCAGUGCUUCGGGGGAUCCAAUAGGAGCCAAAGAAGACAGUCUGAGCGAACACAUCUAAUCCAGGGGCAAGCUCAGACGCCUUCCUGGGCAUACAACAUCAUUUGUAAAUUGGACCCAGUAUAAAAGGAGAACUGCCAAUAUGAUGAUAAAAGGCCAUUGGUUUCCAGUGUUGGGGUAACAGGGAAUAGUGGGGACUGUGGCAAAUGAGAGGACAUAGGUAUCCAACGAGGACAGUAGCUGAUCGGCUCUGGACAAAUGCUGCCAUGUGGUAAUGGGAGCUCAUUGUUGCCAGAUCUAAAUCCAGAGAAGCCAGAAAUCCAAAACGUGUGAGGCUUCCGGACUUGCUGCAUUUGGCUCACAUGUUUAUAAAUGUUGGGUAAACAAAACAAAACUCACCUGUGGGCAGCACCCAACAAGACACUGAUUCUUCUCCGGUGAAAAGAAGGUCAGAAGGUUCUUGUUUUGCAAAGCAUCACCUGUGAGUCAAUCCGAGGCCUCUCUGCUCAGCAUCUAAGAACUCAGAUCCAGGUCAGUAGAGAUGGUGGUAAAGAGUCAAAGGAAUUGAAAACUGGGAAGAAAAUGAGGCAAAGGGAGCCCCAGCUGUGCUGCCUCAGACAAGUCACUCUGACCCUCGGCUCUUCCUCUCCCCGCGGCGGCCUCCCCGCGGCGGUGGCGGUGAGGAUGGCGGAAGUGGUGCCUAUAAACUACCAGGCCAAGCACAGGUUAAGCGCUUAAUAGACAGCAGCCAUGGCCUUUGUUACUAGCAUGCCGGCCAUCUUACAGAAUGGCGCCUGCAAUCAGCAACACAACUCUCACCCCCACUUCCACAGCAAGAAGGUGGCAGCCAGAAACCACCAACUGUCCCGACGCCCGGACAGCUCCAGGCCUGGCCCAAAGGCACCCGCCCCACCCCCGGCUUGCCAACUCGCCCUCUACACCGCAGGAUCCCUGCAGAAGAACCAAGAUUAAUGUUGUGUUCUCCACAAAGAUCACUGUGCACAGGCAUCGGCACUGCCCAAUAAAGGGACUGGUCUCACCACACCAAGGGAGCAUGCGGUCAGUCCUGGGGGGGCCACCCGUCCGGGGGGGACACCCAGAGCUGUAGCCAUGGCUUGGGAGGCUCACGUGCCCUCCGUCACAGGCACCAGAAUGCGGACUGAUGUGGGAUCCUCCAAAGGGACGGGCUGUGGGAGGAUCCAAAAUGGAACAGCGGCCUCAAGGCUGAGGAGGGGUAGGGACGCAAGGGUCAGCUAAGGGCCAGGCUCCUGCGGAAGGGGUUAAUGUCAGGUGGGGGAGAGGAGAGUGCAGCCACCCUGUGCCCAGGCUGCUGCAGGACUUCAGCAUGUCAGAGUUGGGCCUCGGUCCGCCAUCCUCUGGAUGUCAGAGUUGGCAGAGAGGUGCCGAAGGCAGAUCUGCUUGGGGUGGCAGGGGAGGCGGAUGUGGCCCGGCCUCUCAUUACACCCAGACAGCCCCGGAAGCCAAGUGGACUUUUUUCCUUGUUCCCACAGCAAGUGAGGAGGCCAGGCUGCAGGAGGACAGAGGGCAUCCCUUUACCUGGGACGGGGGCUGCAGGAGGACAGAGGGCAUCCCUUUACCUGGGACGGGGGCUGCAGGAGGACAGAGGGCAUCCCUUUACCUGGGACGGGGGCUGCAGGAGGACAGAGGGCAUCCCUUUACCUGGGACGGGGGCUGCAGGAGGACAGAGGGCACCCCUUUACCUGGGACGGGGGCUGCAGGAGGACAGAGGGCAUCCCUUUACCUGGGACGGGGGCUGCAGGAGGACAGAGGGCAUCCCUUUACCUGGGACGGGGGCUGCAGGAGGACAGAGGGCAUCCCUUUACCUGGGACGGGGGCUGCAGGAGGACAGAGGGCAUCCCUUUACCUGGGACGGGGGCUGCAGGAGGACAGAGGGCACCCCUUUACCUGGGACGGGGGCUGCAGGAGCCUCUCCCCAGGACAGGACCCUGGGGCUGGAGCAGGUGCUGGAAGACCCGGGGAGAGGCUAGCCCUGACGCAGCAGGGAGAGACCACAGGAGUCCAGAGGAAGGCGGGGGCUAAAGCACGCGAUCUUCACCUCAAUUCCCCCCUUGACCAGGCGGCCACAAAAAUCCCCAGGGUUUGGUUUUGGCCGCUCCAUGUCCUCCCCGGUCCCCGGCCAUCAAGCAUCACUCAGGUCUUUGAACUGGUACAAAGUUUACUAGGUCAUACGACAUGGCUCACAGAAGCGAAGGGACAUUCCAAUGAGGGCACUGUUUUGUUGUUGGUUCCUUUUACACAGGAGACAAGACACUUUGCCACAGGACCUUGCACCUCCCCCCCAAGACAGAAUGCAAGACAGUCACAACGUGGCUACGACCAGGUCCACAGACACACAACCCAGUGGCAUGGACACGCCCGGACGGGAACCUUGGGAGGCCAGCAGUGGGUGCUGGGACGGGAGGAGGCGGCGAGCGCCCCUGGGCGGAGCACAGGCAGUGUCUGCUGGUGAUAAUACAUUUCACACGGGGGUUCGUCCCCAAGGACAGGCUGCAGACGCCCAUGAGGCCUGUCGGAUGGUGUGACUUGUCAUCUCAGGCCAAUAAAUAACGUUGGACGAAUGCAUAAAUUAGAAUGGACACCACGACACUUCACACGUGGGGAACAGACGGCCAGGGUGAAAUCAACUCAUGCAGAGUGGCAGGGAGGUGAGGAGGGCCCGGAGGUGAGAGGUAUUAUCAA